UCUAGGGACUUGUCCCGUCGAGCCGCCGCCACCCACCUCAGGAUCCCUCCGGAUCCAAACCCACCAAUCACCACAACCCCUCUCGAUCCCCUCCAUCCCGAGGCCUCCCUCGAUCCACCCAACCAAUCAGCUCCGCCGCAUCCCCUGUUCAGUCCUCGCCGCAUCCGCAGCUCCCCUGCUCCCCUCGCGCUCGGGCACACUGCCAGCCGAGUGCCCACCUCCAGACCGAGCAGGAGGCUCGAUCUCGAGCUUCUCGAGCCGCCGGCGACCAGGGGCCCUCCCGUCGUGCCCCUUUUAUUUCUCCUCCUUCCCUUGGUUCCUUUUCUCUCUCUCGAAGUCUCAUCUCUCUCUCUAUUCGUGCAACAGCAGUCCUGCCUUGACACCAUGGCCAUCACCCCGCUUCUUCGAGACCAGUCGUCAUUGAUCUGCUUCCAUGCCGCCUCCCGCCAGCGACUGCAACCACCAGGAUCCGCCUCGAUGUCGUCCAAGCUCUGGAUCAGGCUGACCUCACCCUGCUCUGUUGCCUCCCCGUCAUCUUCCUCGAGCAGGAGCUCAUGCCCGAGCUCCUCCGCCACCAGCAGCUCUGCGGCGCCGCCUCCCUGCCGGCCCCGACCUUGCUUCGCUGCUCCGGCGAGUCCCCGACGAGCAGACAGGCAACAGGCGACGUCGUGGGCGCCAAUCGCCAAGGCCAGCGCCCAGCCUCUGCUUCGCCUCGACCAUGACCAGGCCGGGCCUCACCGUCCCUCUCCUUCUCCCUUUCGUUCUUUUCCUUUUGCUCUCCCUCCCAUCUCACGCAACUCUCUGAGCUCUCUCUCUUUUUGUUCGUACAGGAGACCACCGUGGCCGCCGUUUUUCCUCGUCGCCGCCCUUCGGAUCCCCGCCGGAUCACCCUUCCUCCACGAGCCCUUUCUUGCCGGAGUCCUUCGCCGCUGCGACUCCCUUGAGCUAUCGCGCGACGUCCCCUGCUUCGCCAUCGCCUACCGCAGUCUCUGCUUCCUCUACAACGAGUAGGAGCUCGCUCAUCCCGCGCCUGCUCGCCCCGCUCGCGUUGACCGCGCCCGUCUCGACCCGAUCCAGCGAGCGAGCAGGCCUGCUUGGCCUCUCUUCAGCCUGGGCUUGGCCCAUGGUGAGGCCACCCAUGAGCGCCCUCCCCUUUUUUUCCCUGUGCACUGUUGGUCCAACAGAUUCGGCCCAUAUAACGUUUUUUUCUCUGGACGAAUUUAAUCAUUUAUCCAAAGACUACAGUUUUGCAGAAAA